AUAAAAAAUAUGUAGGACCACUACUCCGGAAGUUUGACUUGCAAGCGGAAACGCCUGUGUUUACAAUAUUCUCAGCUAUAUUCUAUAUGCAAUAUUCUCAAAAUAAUGGCGUGUAGAACACCAAUUAAAUGUAAAGUGUAGAUUUUCAGUUUGCGCUACAAAAUGUCUCUCUUCAAGGGCCACAUUGAUAAAUUGACUCGGGUUUACGAGCGUUAUACAGAGUAUGUUAGAAGGAACCCAACUGCAACGGCACAGGUGGAGAGCAUAGUUCGGACUAUUUCUUACCUAAUCGCAGGAAGAUUUGCAGAUUCCCAUGAACUAUCUGAACUUGUGUAUUCUGCUUCCAAUCUCCUGGUGCUUUUCAAUGACAGCAUUCUGCGCAGAGGCCUGAAAUGUGCCUUAACUGUGUCCAUCUCACAACAGAGAAUACUCACCUGGCUUUCUGUGUUGGAGUAUGUGGAGGUGUUCCUGGAGAUGGGUGCCCAAAAGGUGUGCGGUGAAGUUGGCUGCUGGCUCGUCAUCGGACUCAUUCAAAUUUUCAAGGCAGUUUUUCGCCUUGUGCUUCUUUUGCGGUACAAAUCGGGCAUCCAGACUUCACCGCCGAUUAUCCCCCUUGACAGAGGUGCAGAGCUAGGUGACAAAGAUGAUGGAAGUGUGGAGCAGCAAGACAACGGCUGCUUUGUGGGCCAGAGGACAGGCCGUGUCAUCAGAUCACUGGGCAGCGCUCCCUCCGCACAGCCUCUGCAGUGGGGAGCAGCAGCCAGUGAGAAAAAGAGAAGUCGCAACUUGAAGGAAGAGAAGUUCCACAGCAAACCAACACCCUUGAGGCUACAGGAGACCGUCGCUGAAACUGUGUACAUCAGUCGACCUCUUGUGCACUUGCUCAGCCUUGGACUCUGUGGAAAGCAGUCCUGGAAGCCAUGGCUUGUCUCUGCAGGUCUGGAGCUUUCCAGGUUUGUAAAAUGAUGCACUCUGGUGUUAUUUUUAGAGCUGGUGUCAGGUAUGAUGAUCUGAGGUUGAUUUGGGAACAA